AUGGCCCUCAGCAGCGCAUCCUGCCGCACCGUGGGCAGGGGCCUUGUCCGGGGACGGAUCUUCGUAGCUUUCCGGCUCCGUGACUGGCGAGCCUGCUCCUCCAAAGUACCCCAGCAAGCAAGCUCGAGAAUGGCUGGCUUCAAGGCCUUGCUCUCCGCCGUGACAGGGGGCCUCCUUGGGCGCCCCCGGCGAAUUGCGGCUGAGAGGCCGCCAGGGCAAUCCCUGCAGCACCUGCAGCAGGCUGUGGAAGAUGCGAGGGGCACCCCUCAUCUUGUCAGCAUCACGAGACCAGUGCACCCGCCCUAUCUGGUGGAUGAGGCUGGUGAGAUGCUCGCGAUCCAUCCUGAAGCUGGACCAUGGGAUGUCCACGUGAUCUUGGAAGGCGAACCGAGCCACCCUUCCUUCUAUGCGCCCCUGCGGCUGCGGUUGCGCUUCACUGCCGGCUGGCCUAGCACUCCGCCCGAGAUCUACAUCGGAGGCCAACUGGCCUUUGCCCUGGUUGCAAGAAAUCGGAGCCCGCCCAAGGUGUUCUGGGACACUUUCCUGGCUUCGAAGGCGUCAUCGGGUCCCUUGGCCUUGCAGGAGUUGUUGGAGCAUCUGCGCCGCUUCUUGUUGGAGCCGGCGAACUACCUUGGCAUGCCCGAACAGGACGCUGAAGAAGGUUCGCCGUCCCUGGAGGCACGGCGUCUCCACUCCUGGAUGCGCGAUGCCGCGCGGGUCAACGCCAAGCGCCUGGACGUCAUCAAGAAGUACCGCAAGCAGGCUUUGCAUGCGCAGCUCUUCGACGAGCACCGUCCUCUCCAGGAGGAGUGGUUCGUCCCGGAGACCUGGUCGGCGCUGAGGGCCUUGCACACUGGUGACGCCCAGCUGGGCCGCGCGCUGCUGACGGAGCACGCGACUGGGGAGGUCUACUCGUUUCCCCUCUUCACGGACGCCUUCUGCGGGCUCCUGCUCGAGGAGAUCUUCAACUUCUACAAGAGUGGGCUGCCUGCCAGGCGUCCGAACAGCAUGAACAACUAUGGGAUCAUCCUGGGUGAUAUCGGCCUCGAGCCCUUCAUCGACAAGUUGCAGGAGCUCCUGCAGCCGUUGGGACAGGAGUUGUUCCAAGCACCGGGUAGCCUCUGGGACGGCCACCACUGCUUCAUUGUGCGCUACCGCGAGGGUGAGGAUCUGGGCCUCGAUAUGCACACCGAUGACUCGGAUGUCACCUUCAACAUCUGCCUGGGCCUGGACUUUACCGGCGCCGGGCUGCAGUUCUGCGGUUCUGUGGGCGCGCCAGAGCACCGCAAGCACCACAUGACCUACCAGCACCGGAAGGGCCACUGCGUCGUGCACCUCGGCCGAAAACGCCAUGGCGCUGAUGACAUCACGUCCGGAGAGCGUUUGAAUCUGAUCCUCUGGAACCAUUCCUCCGAGUACCGCCAAAGCCGCGACUACCGGACUCCCCCGUACGCCCGCGAGGCGGCAGCCCCAGAUGAAGUCUGCCUCAGCUACACACACGACCGCGACUUCGGCGCCUACAAGGACUACCCCUCCGGGCGCGAGCAUUUCCGCGGCCGGGGCUGGUGCCCUCCUCCGGCCGCCGAAUACCCCGGAUUCCAGUCCGAGUUCCGCUUUCGAUCGCCCAGCGGAGAUGCCAAGCUCUGA